UCACUAUUAUACCUUUUACUCGUCUGCCUGUGCCCACAUGGUUUAAUAGGCUGAGCUCCAGUGCACCGGGAAGAAGCAGUCUUUUAACAGAUUAAUAUUGUCACCCGAGAGCAUGCGACGUGUCAGCCAUUACGGCGUUUUAUAUCAGCAUUAACAUCAUUCAGCGUAGCCGAUUUUUGCUUGCUCCAGGGAAGAUCCGCGCGUCGUGUGCGCUCCUAGGCGUGCGCGAGAUGCUGUGAAGCUGCUCGUUCACUAUCCGUGACAUUUGGCCACGCAGCUGCAGCCGCCAGGCGUUCGCUCUGCGGACGCCGCCAGUACCACUUGGAUAUAGUUGCUUCUUACCUACAAGUGUUAAUAACCGUAUUUUUGUAUUAUUGUACUGCGAUCGUUACCUCCGUUCAUAAUGUCUGGGAAGGAUCGACAGAAAGGGAAACUGACCAAAGACAGCGUUACCUUGCUGCCUUGCUUCUACUUCGUAGAGCUCCCAAUUCUAGCUUCAUCAGUUGUCAGCCUUUAUUUUUUGGAGCUAACGGAUGUCUUUAAGCCUGUGAACUCUGGAUUUAACUGCAAUGACAGAAGUCUGAGCAUGCCAUACAUUGAGCCAACCCAUGAAGUUAUUCCAUUCCUGAUGCUACUUAGCCUGGCAUUUGCUGGACCUGCAGUUACGAUUAUGAUUGGAGAAGGCAUUCUGUUCUGCUGUCUGUCAAAAAGAAGAAAUGGGAUUGGAUCAGAAGCCAACAUCAAUGCAGGAGGCUGCAACUUCAACUCCUUCCUCAGACGGGCUGUCAGAUUUAUAGGGGUCCAUGUCUUUGGAUUGUGUGCUACUGCUUUGAUCACUGAUAUUAUUCAGCUAUCCACGGGUUAUCAAACUCCAUACUUCCUAACUGUCUGCAAACCUAAUUACACAUCACUAAAUAUGUCCUGUGAAGAAAAUGCAUUCAUUGUAGAGGAUAUCUGUGCUGGAGCUGAUUCAUCCAUUAUCAAUGCUGGCAGAAAGUCAUUUCCUUCCCAGCAUGCAACUCUAGCAUCAUUUGCAGCUGUGUACGUUUCAAUGUAUUUUAAUGCAACUUUAACAGAUUCAUCCAAGCUUCUUAAACCUCUGCUGGUAUUUUCCUUCAUUAUUUGUGCAAUAAUAUGUGGGCUCACCCGUAUUGUCCAGUAUAAGAACCAUCCUAUUGAUGUCUAUUGUGGAUUUCUUAUUGGUGGAGGAAUUGCUGUGUAUUUGGGACUAUAUGCUGUUGGUAAUUUCCAGCCCAGCGAGGAUGGUAUAAAUCAGCAUAGCCAGCGAGAUCCUUUAAGGUCUUUAACUGAUCUGAACCAGGAUUCAAGCAGACACCUCCAAGGCAAAAAUGGCAGCAGCAGUGAUGGUAUCACCUCUCAUCAUGCUGAACGCAUUCUCAGUCGUAACCACAGAGAAUCCAGCUCCCUGACCAAUCUGAAGCGAGCAAGUGCAGAUGUAGAAAUCAUAACUCCCAGGAGUCCAAUGGGAAAAGAGAAUAUGGUUACCUUUAGUAAUACUCUUCCCAGAGUACAUACACCUGCCCUGGAUGACUCAGCACGAAGAAAUGCAACUAUUCAUGCAUCUAUGGAUUCUGCACGUUCAAAACAAUUACUGUCUCAGUGGAAGAAUAAAAAUGAGAAUCGUAAAUUGUCUUUACAGGUGAUGGAAACAGAAGCUAGCCAUUCUCCCCAGAGAACCAUAGAAAUGAGGUCUAGCUCAGAACCAGCUGGGGUUGGUGUAAAUGGAGAACAUCAGGGUCCAGUAGGUCAAUAUCUCAAGAUUGGACCUGGGAGCACAACUCUGCCAAGCAACAGCAGUGGCAUAGCCGGAGGAGCUAGGGUAUCUAUUCAGUCAAGGCCUGGUUCAUCACAGCUUGUUCACAUUCCAGAGGAAACUCAAGAGAAUGUCAGUACAUCUCCAAAAACUAGCUCAGCUAGAUCAAAAUGGCUAAAGGUAGCAGAAAAGAGUGGAGCAUGCAGAACUAAUAAUCAGCCCAGAAUUAUGCAAGUUAUUGCAAUGUCUAAGCAGCAAGGAUUGUUACAGAGUAGUCCCAAGAGUUCAGAUGGUAGUACAGUCAGCUGCACGGGAGCAAUAAGAUACAAAACAUUGACAGAUCAGGAGCCAGGAAGUAUUGUUAGAGUAGAAGCUCACCCAGAAAAUAAUAGACCGGUUGUUCAAGCUCCAUCAAGUGAUGGAUCUGGUUCAUGGAAAUGGAAGGGGCAAGAGAAAGGAAGCAUUCGGCAGUCAUAUGAGUUAAAUGAUCUCAACAGAGACUCUGAGAGUUCAGAAUCACUGAAGGACAGCUAUGGUUCCACAGAUAGGAAGAGAGCCAAUCCUGAAAGCAGUACUGAACAUCAUCAUCAUCAUCAUGGGAUAACAACCAUAAGAGUGACCCCUGUGGAAGGAAGUGAAGUUGGUUCUGAGACAGUUUCUAUUGCGUCAAGUUGUGACUCUACCCUGAGAAGGAAAGGCAAUAUCAUUCUAAUUCCUGAAAGAAGCAACAGCCCAGACAAUACCAGGAAUAUCUUUUACAAAGGAACUUCUCCUACCCGAGCAUUUAAAGAGUGAGCAGGAAAUCCGAAGAAAAAUAAAGAAUGGAUUUCCAGGUUCCAAAAUGUCCACAGAGACUUUACUUCUGGCGCCCAUCACGACGAAACAUCCGACACUCCCUGAUGACAUCACUUCUGGUCCUCUGUUGAUGAUGUUGGUUCCGUCUCAUAGCAUCAACGUCAUAUCCCGCCAACCAUUUCCUGUCCCCAUUUUGUUUUCUGUAUAUAAAUGUAAUCUUGUCACGUACCAUUUAU